AGAUUAAAACAUAUUCUCUGUAUAAUCGGUUCCACAGAAUCCAGAGAGCUGGCACCUGGAAGCAUCUCCCCUAACGUGGUCUUCAGCCAUGAAGUUCUUCCUGUUAAUCCUCGUCCUUCUCUCCACAAUGAUGUCCUCAUGUCUUGCUCUCAUGUGUAUAAGCUGCACCAGUACAACUCAAGCUCCAUGCACUGGAUCUGCGGUCACGUGUGCCUCCACUGAAGACGUCUGCACCUACAUCUUCACCGAAACCAAAAUCAGAGCGUACGGACUAACGACUUACACCGUUGUGCGAGGAUGUGGACAGUCGUCUGAAUGCAAUCGGAAGAGUCUCAGCAAUCAGUUCAUGACGGUAGAAAUAAACACCGCCUGCUGCAAGGCUGAUAAAUGCGCUCCAGUAGCACCAAUAGUAUCAUCUGGAAAUGCAAAUAAAAAUGGUCUGAUCUGCCCUUCUUGUUUCUCGCUAACAUCUUCCACAUGUGUGCCGGAUACUGAAAUCCAGUGCACGGGACAGGAAACCCGAUGUUCUACAUACUCAAUGAGUACCACCACAAAUCCCCCGAAUCCAGUGCUGUCCAUGGCAGGAUGUGCCACUGAGAACAUGUGCUCCAACUAUACGGGCACUGCCACCUCCAGCGCCACCGGGCAAAUAAAUGUAAGCAUCAGAUGCAGCAAUGCCGAAGUCAGUUCUAGUAAGACCUUCUAGUAGGCCGGCAUCAGUCAGCACCAGUCGUCCAGCACCCAUUACUACUGGCACCAGAACCACAAUCCAUGCCCUGACCCAGAGCUAUUAUUUUACCACCGAUAUCGCAAAUUCCUACCCAAGCAGCGAGAGUUCAGCUGUGUAUUACACGACCCGCGUUACCUUCACACCGACCGCCUCUCACCAUACGUGAAAUUGUCACCAGUACUUGUGUGUGUAAUGGAGCUGCCAAUCACCGCUUUUGUCUUGCUCUUAUUAUGACCUUCACAUUCUCAUGGUAAAAAUGUUUUUAAAAAUAAAGACAACGUGCAAAUUU